AUGGACAGAUUUAUUGUCCAGGGAGAAAGUUACCUAAAUCUGCGGAGGACAAUAAGCCCAGCUGGCGGUCACAGGUUAUCCUCGGUCGGUGUUUUAGAGUCUUCAGGAACCUCCAAGUUCACCGAGGCGUUCCUCUCAGAGAGGAAGAUAACGCCUUCGCGCGUCCCUUAUCGUUGCUUACACGCAUUGCUGAUCAGCGGAAUGGUUGACAGGGUGUGGGGAAGAGGAUGUGGAGUUUUCUGGACUUCCUGGAGUCUUAAAGCUCUGCGUUAG